GCUUUUAAGCCAGUCAAGCAGCAAGUCUACAACGUGCACACACACACAGACACAUAAUAAACACACACACACGCAUACAAAGGCAGAGUUUGAAUUUGAGAAUGUAUCAGAAUUCGAAGCAUUUGCUGCCGCGCCUUGUGCGUGGCAUAUGCCAAACCCAAACGCGCCUUAAGCUCGCAGCCGCCAAUAUGUAUAAGAAGCUGGAGUUUGAGUUCAACGAUGAGAACAAAUGCAGGGCCAAGGAGGUGCUAUCGAUGUUUCCGGAGAAGGAGAUAAGAGGAGCAGUUAUACCCAUCUUGGACUUGGCGCAACGUCAGCAUGGCUGGCUGCCCAUAACGGCAAUACAUAAGGUGGCGGAAAUGCUUAAAAUGGAACCUUUUGUGGUAUGGGAAGUGGCCAACUUCUAUACGAUGUUCAAGCUAAAGCCUCAGGGCAAAUAUUGCUUGAAGGUCUGCACGACCACGCCCUGUUUUUUGCGUGGCAGCGAUGAGCUGCUGCAGCAAUGCAAAUCGACGCUCAAGCUGGAGAACAAUGAAACGUCCAAGGACAUGCAGUUCACAUUGACUGAAUGGAGCUGCCUGGGCGCUUGUGUUAAUGCGCCGAUUUUACAAGUUAAUGAUGAUCUCUAUGAAGAUUUGGAUGCAGCCAGUCUAGCGGAGAUAUUGAAGGCACUGCAAGCGGAUCGAAUUCCGCCACCUGGACCACGCGGCGGUCGCUACGCCAGCGAACCAAGUGGCGGACUCACCAGUCUAAACAGCGAGCCACCACCAGCUGGAUUUGGCAUGCAGAAUAUUUGCAAGCAGCUAGACAAGGAUAAAAAGAAAGAAUGCAAGUAGUGCAUGAAAUUUAAUCUUAAAGCUCGCUCUCUGUUUAGUUGUAAUAAAUUUACAUUGUUUAGUGCCAGAGCAGCCUGUAA